ACAAAUUCCUUUCACUUAUUCUUAAAGAACAAAACAAACUAUGACAAAUUCCUUUGUCUCUUUUUCUAAUACCACUUUCUUGAACCUUCCAAAACCAGCCAAACAAGUCUUUUGAACAAAACAUACAACUAUAAAAAGGAUGUUACCCCCUUCAUCAAUUAUUGGAAGCAUAAGUGAAAGAUGGCAAAAACACACCAAGUUGGAGUAGCUAUGGAUUUCUCUCCUACAAGCAAAUUAGCACUUAGAUGGGCAAUUGAUAAUUUGAUCAACAAAAAUGAUCAUAUUAUUAUGAUCAACGUUCAACCUCUUUCAGCUGAUCACACUAGAAAAGAACUUUUUGAAGACAAUGGUUCACCUUUGGUGCCUCUAGAGGAAUUGAGGGAGAUAAACUUUACAAAGCAAUAUGGGAUUGCCAGGGAUUCUGAAGUCAUAGAUAUUCUUGAAAAUGCCUCCAAGACCAAAGGGGCAAGGGCAAUGGCAAAAGUAUAUUGGGGAGAUCCAAGGGAGAAAUUGUGCAGUGCUGUGGAAGAUCUUCAUCUUGACUCUUUGGUUGUUGGAAGCAGGGGUUUGGGUCCCAUUAAAAGAGUGUUGUUAGGAAGUGUUAGCAAGCAUGUGGUGGCAAAUGCUUCUUGCCCUGUUACUGUGGUCAAGGGAAUGCAACCUUCCAAGUCCAGAAAUUAACCCGAUUAUUAAUACUCACUUUAUGUUAUAUAUCAUAUACAUAUUAAAAAUAAAUAAAUCACUUGAGUAUUGUACCCUUUUGGCUGGCUUGAAUAAUUGUAUUUUUGGUUUAGUUUGUAUAUAAAUGUAAAUUUGAGUAGUACUAGUACUCUAGUAGUAUAUGUAAUUUGUAACCAUCAUAACCACCGGGGCUAGAAGAAUACUAUAAAGUGCUUAAUUAAAAAAUAAAUAAAAGGGUUGAAAAUAACUUUGUAUUGAUGCAAAUUGACACAAGAAAAAUGUGGAAGAUAUACUCGGUGUGUGUUUGGAAAAAAGUGCAAUAAUUGAUAAGUCAA